UGCAGCAGCUGGGAUUCGACAAAAUACAGUGGGCAUUGAACCGUACUGUCAUUUUGCUGUUUCAGCUGAAGCUAACCUAAAAUUUGUAAAAUUUUUAAUUCUUUAAAAGCUUUUUCUUUUUAUAUAUUGAUAAUGGAGGAGACAUUAGAUGAGGUAGUUUCUUUGGAUGAUUUGCAGAAAUUUGAACGUGCGUAUAAUGAACAACUCUUCACAGAUAGUGUGACAAAAGAGACGCAGUUCAAUUAUGCGUGGUGCUUAGUACGCAGCAAAUAUCCGGCUGAUAUUCGGAAAGGUCUUAUCCUUCUGGAAGAGUUAUUCAAAAGAGAUCAAAGCGACGAGGGGAAAAGAGAUUACCUGUACUACUUGGCAGUGGGAAAUGCAAGAAUCAAGGAUUAUGGAAAAGCGUUACAGUUUGUCCGAGCCUUUCUUCACCUUGAACCUGGAAAUGCACAAGUGCAAAAUUUAGAAGCCGUAGUGAAGAAGCGCAUGGAAAGAGAGGGCCUGGUUGGAAUUGCUUUGGCAUCAGGAUUCAUCAUUGCCGUUGGAGCGAUUGUGGGACUCAUAUUGGCUAAAAGAUAAUCCUAGUUCAUACAUUUAACCAACUUUAUUGCUAGCACUCGAUGUGAAUGUGUUUUUGUGGAAAUUGUAAAUCGAACCAAUCUCUCUAGAUAUGUAUUCUUGUGAUGAAAAUCAAUUUCAUGUUAUUCACUUCAGAAAUUUGUUUUUAUUGAUUUUUUAUAGCGCUAUGUUAUGCUGUUUUUGUAUUUUGUUAUGAAAUUUUCUGAUGGGUUACCUGUUACAAUAUCAUGCUACAUAAUUAUGUAUAAAUCUUUCAAUUGGGUAACCAGCAAGAAUGGUGUAGGUUAUAGUUUGGUCCAUACUUAAAUUUAAGAGUUGCUCUGCAAGUAUAUCUUAGAACCAUUUUGAUCACCAUAAUACAAAAUCGAAUUAUUAUAAUUAUGAAUGUGUCACGUGAUGUCUAUAAGCCUGUAGUCUAAAGACACGCUUUAGUUCACGUAAAAAAGCAGGAACACCAUUUCCAUCAUUAUUGGCAAGAUAAUUUUAAUAAAUAGACUGUUUAAUCACUUGACGUUCAGUAAUUACGGAAAUCUUUUCCCAUUAUAUUCUAUCAUAACAUACCACUUCUCCUGGAACCUAUUGCAAAUAUCAUUAUUAAUUACUCUAUUUAAGUCAUCAAUAUAAUAAUCUUACGUGUAUAAUCCACUCAAUCACAAUUUAGAAAGCUUCAUUCCUAACAUUAAUGUUUUUUCAAAUAUUCCAAUACUUGUGGGUACUUGCAGUCCAUUAUUUAUUGCACUAUUCUCAUAAUUUAUUUAUGCCUUACUCGUCAGAGAUCUUUAUUUUUGAGAUGACGUUUCAUUGAUAAAACUUUAUUCAUCAAUGAAUUUAAAUUUAAUUAAAUCAGAUUUGCUGUUUCUAGUUCAACUUCUCUAAGGCACUACAUUUUUCUCUCAACUCUUCUCGCCACUCUAAAAAGUGUGCCAUAUCUUUAUAGAAGAACUGAACAUAUUGAUUUUGAAAAAACAAUACGGGUUUCUUAUUAUCAUAUCUCAAUUAAGGUCUUUUGAGCUUGCAUCAGUUCGAAAAAUUCCUACACAUGAAAUACUUACAAAUUCAACCACCAAACGAAGUUUUUUAGAGUAUCAGAUAAAUUUCUUUCCGUUGUUUAAAAUGCAUACAUCAUCGAUUGUAUUAGAUGCAGUUAUAAUCACAAUAAAAUUCAUGAAUAUUUCGUUGAAAGGCAUUUAAUUUGGUUUUUUUAUUGAAGUUCCAUGCCGUUGAUAUAGCUUGCAGACGUGAAACUGCUUAGAAUGGCUUUAAAUGUAAAGAGCUCUUUUGAUUAUUGAAUUACUUAACUUUAGUUAAAGUGAGUUAUGGUAACUUUAGUUAUUCAGCUUGGAUGGUAAAAUUAUCUAGAGCAUAUAAAACAUAAAAAUAAUUUAUUAUGGAUGUAGUAACAAAGGUUUUAUGCGCUAUCGUUUCCAUCUAUAAUAUUAAUAUUAUAGAUGCAAUUGUCAUAUAAUAGAAGAAAAUUAUAAAUUAUUCUAAGAUAGCAGUGAGCUAUAAAAUAAAUAGAAGUGGUAGCAAUAUAAAUGUGUCAAACACUUGAAAUGCACUUAAAUGUAGAUUAAAAUCCCUUAUAUUUGAAAGUAUAGCAUGAUUAUUCAUUUGAAAAGCUUGUUCGCUAUUCUUUUUCAUCAAAAUCAGCUUUAUGUCAUUCCUGUGGUGUAUUCAUAGUAUUAGUAUCUUCACAUUAGUAUUCUAUUCUAGUCUGUGAUUUGUACACUGAACAACAGAUCUUUUGUUAUUUAUUUGUUGAUAUGUAAAUAAAUAGCCAUUGAUAGUAUGUA